UUAUGUUCAACGCAGAAAGCAGAAUUUUGAAAGAAGAAGACAAGAUUAAUGAACACGAAGAAACCGUGUCAAAAAUUGUCAAUGACUACCAAAUCCAACUUAAAGAAGACUCAGUAAUUAGAAAGGAUUUAGAAAGAAUCUUCAUCUCCAGUGUUGAAGAAUUCCAUGUUGUCGAGAGAGACGGACAUCAUGUCAAAUGUCUCCUUGUUAAAUUGCCAUACAAAUCAUUCGAGCCAUAUACUAAAAUUAGAUCAGCUUUUGUUGGCCACCUUGAAAGAAAACUUAACUGUAUGGUAUUCGUCACUGGAAUGAGGAAAAUCCUCUCAAAGCGUGUUAAGACCCCAGGAGUCAAGAAGAGACCAAUCUCUAGAACCCUCACUCACGUUUUCAACUGCUUGUUAGAUGACAUCUGCCUCCCAUCCCAGAUUGUUGGAAAACAAAUCAGAGUCCAUACCGACGGAACCCAGACCAUGAAAGUAUUCUUGGACCCACUCGACAAAGAGAAGGUUGAAGAUAGACUUGACGCCAUGAGCGAGGCCUACAAGAAGUUGACCACCAGAAAGGUCAAAUUCUUCUUCGCUAAGCCAACCAAGUUCCAGAAGCAAUUGGCUGAAUUCAAAAAGAAGCAGCAAAAUAAGGCUUAAGUUGAUUAAUAAUGCAUCCCAGACCUACUUAAUCUCAAUAUAAUAUUC